GCGGGGGUAUUUUAAACAGAGGGGGGAGCGCUGGAAAGGGCAGGGAAGGAGAGGAAAGGAAAAGGAAGGGAGGAAAAGGAAAGGGAAGGGGGGGGGAAAAGAAAGAGGGAGAAAAUCCUCCGUCGCCCCCUCCCCCUCUCUAAAAAAAAAAUUAGCAAGAGCGCGAGCGAGAGGAGGGGGGCUCGCGGCGGCGAAAAAUAAAUAAAAUAAAGAAAACGGCAGGAGCGGCUCCAGCCGGCAGCAGCGGCGGCGGCAGCAGGGCAGCGGCGGCCGCAGCCGAGGCGGAGGCAGGCGGCAGCAAGGGUCCCCUCGCUCUCCGCUCGCCCCCGGCGCCCGGGCGGCCGCCACCCCCCCGCCCCCCGCCUCACUCCCCGGCAGCCCGCAGCGAGACGCGCCGCUCCCCAGCACUUUUUUGGGCCCGAGAUAUGGCAAUGGUAGUUAGCAGCUGGCGAGAUCCGCAGGAAGACGUGGCCGGGGGCACCCCGAGCGGCCCCAACCCCGCCGCGACGCAGCCGGCCCGGGAGCAGCAGCCCCAGCAGCAGGGGAGUUCGGCCACCCCACACACCCCGCAGACCCCCAGCCAGCCGGGACCCCCCUCCACGCCGGGCACGGCCGGAGACAAGGGAGCGGGCCAGCAGGGCUCGGGGCAGAGCCAGCAGCACAUCGAAUGUGUGGUGUGCGGGGACAAGUCCAGCGGCAAGCACUACGGCCAGUUCACCUGCGAGGGCUGCAAAAGUUUCUUCAAGAGGAGCGUCCGCAGGAACUUAACUUACACAUGCCGCGCCAACAGGAACUGUCCCAUCGACCAGCACCACCGCAACCAGUGCCAGUACUGCCGCCUCAAGAAGUGCCUCAAAGUGGGCAUGAGGCGGGAAGCGGUUCAGCGAGGAAGAAUGCCGCCCACCCAACCCAACCCCGGCCAGUACGCCCUGACCAACGGCGACCCCCUGAACGGGCACUGCUAUCUCUCGGGAUACAUCUCCCUCCUGCUGCGGGCCGAGCCCUACCCCACCUCCCGCUACGGCAGCCAGUGCAUGCAGCCCAACAACAUCAUGGGCAUCGAGAACAUCUGCGAGCUGGCCGCCCGUCUGCUCUUCAGCGCCGUCGAGUGGGCCCGCAAUAUCCCCUUCUUCCCCGACCUGCAGAUUACCGACCAGGUGGCCUUGCUGCGGCUCACCUGGAGCGAGCUCUUCGUCCUCAAUGCUGCCCAGUGCUCCAUGCCCCUCCAUGUGGCCCCGCUCCUGGCCGCCGCCGGCCUCCACGCCUCCCCCAUGUCGGCCGACCGCGUUGUCGCCUUCAUGGACCACAUCCGCAUCUUCCAGGAACAGGUGGAGAAGCUGAAGGCGCUGCACGUCGAUUCGGCUGAAUACAGCUGCCUGAAAGCCAUCGUCCUCUUCACCUCAGACGCCUGCGGCCUGUCGGAUGCUGCGCACAUCGAGAGCCUCCAGGAGAAAUCGCAGUGCGCGCUAGAGGAGUACGUGCGGAGCCAGUACCCCAACCAGCCCAGCCGCUUCGGGAAGCUGCUGCUGCGGCUGCCCUCCCUGCGCACCGUCUCCUCCUCCGUCAUAGAGCAGCUCUUCUUCGUCCGCUUGGAGGAAAAAAGAAAUAAAUAAUAUUAAUAAAAGAGACAAAAAAAAAAUGAGUAUUGAGGGGAUAUUAAUCAAACCUGAAGGGGAUACUGGAUCUUCCAGGAUUUAUUGUGGACUGUUGUUGAUAUAUGCUGUACAGUAAACCAACAAAAAAAAAAAAAAAAAAAAGCAUUGAAACUGAACUGAACCUUGUGUAGAAUGAAAAAAAACCUGUCCAAAACCAAGCAAACAACAACAAAUUUUCCAUGCGCAAACACUUACCAUGAACAUUGUUACUCAUUUUGUAAUAUAUUAGUCUUUAUUUUCAUUUUUGGUAAAAGUUAAAACAUCAUAUGCGCAUAAAGGAAAAGAAAGGAGAAUUAGGGGAAAAUAACAUUUUCCAAAUAAUUAUAAAUCAAUUGUCCUGUGUCUAUGUAUCUAUAUCUGUUUUGUAUUUUUUUCUGGUUCCAAACCAGGUUUCCUGUGAUUCUAUACUAAUAAUUUUUGAUAUAACCCUUUGCUUCUUAUAAUGAGUGCGAUAUAUGUUGUCAAAGCUGUUCUUCAAGAAUUAAAAUUGAAGUGAGAAUUUAAAAAAAAUAAAAGAAUUUAGCAAAAAAAACCCCAACUUAUCACCCCACAA